GACGACAGCAUGGACGAUGCAGACAUUGAUAUGGGCAGCCUCGAACUCGAGAAUCCGUGGCUGCCAUAUGGCAUUCCAUAUCCACCUCCUCUGCCGGACAAGCUGAGGUUGAAAGGCCAGAGCAACGAACAAGAUCCGGAUUGGGCAAAACAUGCGUAUCACUAUGGUGCUAGAGACGACCUUUGGGGAGAGGGUUUCGAAGUGCGGGCUUUCAACUACGAUGAUCCACUAGGCAAGGGCAGGCAUCACAAAGACGAUUGGAAUGUAGAAUACACGCUGGGACCUGCAAAUCCUUGGUUAUUCUGGGACCCGAUAAGCACAAAGUGGGGCCUCCAAGUUCUAGAGCGAGCUGGGUUCAUCAAUCUCCAGGCGGAUGUUCGAAACAACGCAUCUGCGGAGCCCAAAGGCCGGUUCUUCGACAAGAGGCCUUCGAAUUGGCGAGACGAUCUCGUCCAUCCAGUUUUCAGGAAGGAUAUGUGGCGAAACAUCACUGAAUCUGAAUGGGACGCCCUCAGACCAGCUUCUCUUUUAGCGAGUGCACUCCUCGACGACCCUACUACACUUUGUAUCUUCCAUGCGAUCUCGGAAGUUUCAAACCAUCUCGUUGGACAGGAUCCGAAACUCGAGCUGUACAAGAAAGUUCGAGUUCCAGUCACCCUGACGGAUGCUGAGCAGCAGUCAACCUUUCAGAAGAUCUGUGAUAUGCGACAAUGGACCAGUCUCCACUGGGAAGAUGCUGCCAUAAUGGCGAGGAAGGCUACUGGUCCUUCUCUCGGAGUGACAACUGCAUUCGACAUAGAAGCCUCAGCCCCGUAA